UGUAUGGAUGACGGUCGUUGUCGUUCAGUGACUAGUGUUUGACGUUCCAUGUUAGACUUCGAUCACGAUUGGGUUUAUUUAUUGCGUGAUUUUUUUAUUUUGUUUAUCAAUAUCUGACAGUGAGUUAAUGACUUAAAUAUAGUGAAAUAUUAUAUUUAGUUUAGUGUUGAAAAUGUUGCGUGCGUUGUUAAAUAAAUUUUGGGACGAGGAUGUCUGGCUGCCGCCGAAUACAACUUGGGAAGAUAUAACUCCAGGGCCAGACAAGGCAGUGGUAUAUACUGAUUACAGGCAUCUUCUAUACCCGAUACCCUUGGCUUUCGUGCUAAUACUCCUGCGGCAUAUGUUAGAAAAAUAUUGGUUUGCACCAUUCGGAAAAUCAUUAGGUAUUAAGAACACAAGACCAAAGAAAGCACCGAAUAAUCCAAAAUUAGAAGCUGCUUAUAUUGAAUGCCCGAAAAUAAAACACAAACAAGUAAGUUAAAUUUAAUUUCCAUAUUAAAAAAAAAAUAAAUCAUUUGAAGAAGCUAGAACAGGAAUGUAUAUAUUACUAAUUGUUAUUAAUGUGUUAUUCGAAAUAUAACUGAAAAUGAGAACUAUAAUCAAUAAGGUUUUAUGCAAAAAAGAAAAAAGAAAAAAUAUCUUACAUAAAUGAAUA